AAAAAUCCUGUUGGAUCUGUCAAAUUGUCCAAAACUGCUGAAGUAAAUCCCAGUUUAUCUUUCAAACCAUCCACAACAUGCGCUAAAACCCGUGACUAUCCAACUGUGAGCUCCUCACGUUUGAUCAAUAACAAGGAGUCAAGAGAAUCAAAUUUUUGUAUUUUGUAUGACUAUGAUGCGAUGAAGUGGCACCAGGAUGGUGACAAAGAUCAUUCUGCUGAAACGGCAUCAAGAAUUUCUGAAAUAAUGAAAAAGCUUGACGAAGACGGUGUCCUUGACAGGAUUGCGAGGGAGCCUUUUGUGAUGGCAAAUCGUCGCUUAGUGCUGGCUGUCCAUCAUAACUUGGAUUAUUUGGCAUUCGUCAACAGCCUUCCAAAGUCACAGAAGGAGCUGGAACUUAAAUUCAGUCAGUUUGCUGGCAUUAGCUUAUUUUCUUCGAAGGGAACACCCCAAGCAGUGUUUGCCGCUGCUGGUGCUGUUAUCAGGGGCUGUGAAUUAGUUGUAGGUGGAUAUUAUAAUCAAGCCUUUGCAGUGGUCAGGCCUCCGGGGCACCACGCUGAUAAAAGCUGGGCCGAAGGCUUUUGCUAUUUUAACAAUAUUGCAAUUGGUGCAAGGCAUCUGCUUGACCAUUAUCGAUUGAAGCGAAUUUUGGUGGUGGACUUUGAUGUCCACCACGGCAACGGUACUCAGGAGAUAUUUUAUGAUAAUAAGCAUGUCCUUUUCUUUUCGAGUCACUGUGGAGAUCUUACUUAUCCUAAGUCGAACAGUAAGGCAUCUCAUAUUGGAGAGGGUGCUGGCGAGGGCUACAAUAUCAAUUUUCCGUUGGCAGAGGGUUUUAAUGAGGAUGACCUACUUUAUGCUGUCAAUAAAAUUCUUCUCCCGGUGGCGACUAAGUUCGAUCCUGAGGUGGUGCUUGUUUCAGCUGGUUUCGAUGCUGGCAUUGAUGAUAUGGGUGGUUGCAAUGUCUCUUCUAAGGGUUUCGGAACAGUAGUGCGUAAGUUGCUGUGCCUUGCGGGAGGAAAGAUGGUUCUUGCUCUAGAAGGAGGUUACAAUCUGAAGCAUCUUCCGACGCACGUUUCUCACAGUAUACGUGCUAUCUUGGGGGACGAAGACGCCUUUUUCCCGGACUAUGAUCAGACAGACCAUCGUCCGAGCGAGAGCACCAUCAGUAUGGCAGACAACCUCCAGCUGAAAUUGAGUCCGUAUUGGGAUGUUUUCGUGGAAAAACCUCCAGGGCCAACACCUGAGGGCGAAACUCCGCCUCGUCCUGGUGCUGUCGGUGGGGAUCCCAGUGGUGCCCUUGGGAGUCACUCCAGCUCCUGAUGAUCCAAGUGGUGCUGGCGGUGUCGCUCCAGCUCACUACCACUUUGAGUUGUCUUCCUGGAGUGCUCUCUGUAUUACUCCCUCCGUUCCAAAAUAGAUGACUCAACUUUGUACUAACUUUAGUACAAAGUUGAGUCAUCUAUUUUAGAACGGAGGGAGUAUCUAGCUAGGCUAGAGCGAAAUGCGAGACCAGUUACUGGAUGAGAGUUCUACUUUUGUUCAGUUCACUGCAUAAAAGAUUCUGUUAUAAGAGUCAAAAUUGUUGUUACUCAUUGCUUUUACCCAUGAAUUGGCAUUGCCAAGUUUUCUCUCA